AUGGCUCCUGUUACUCGCUUUGCCGCUUUCAAGUACAAAUCUGGCACUACGGAUGAGCAGAAACGCAAGAUUUUGGACGGUCUGAUCCAGCUUUACAAGAACAACGAACACAUGAUCAAUUAUGGACCAAGAGGGGGUCGCAACAAUAACCCGGAAGGCCAUGACAAGGGUUUCGAUGUCGUUUUUACCGUUCAAUUCAAGUCGAGAGAGGCUCGUGAUGAGUUCAUUCCGGACGCAAAACAUAUUGCAUACAAGAUGUCAAUAUUGGACAUGGUCGAGGAUGCGCUUGUCUAUGACUUCGAGAAGAACGAUUACGGGUACUAG